AUUUGACGUGAGAAAGAGGAUCGCCACCAGCCACUCACACGCACAGCCCGGCUAGCUAGCUCCCCCACCUUUCCCUUCCCUUCCACUCCGCGUCCAUCUCCCUCUCCGGCUCAUUAAUAUCCAGCUCCCUUCCUCUUCCAAGCUGCCAUUACUGCCGUACACGGAGCAGCGACACAUAGAGAAGAGAUCUCUAUCGGUUGAGCUCUAUUUUUCUCUCUCUUCUUACAAGCUAGGGUUUGUUGAUUUGCGCAUGGAUCGGAGCAGCUUUGGGAAUCUCGCAGCUGGAGGAGGGGGCAGCAGCAGCUCGAAGUCUUCUCCGUCCUUCCUGCAGCUCCAGCCACUGUCCACAACGACGGUGGCUGCGGGGCCAGGGCCGAUGGGCGGAACGUACUACGGCACGCCGCUCGCGUUGCACCAGGGCGCCGCAGCCGCCGGGUCGUCGCAGUCGCCAUACCAGUUCCACCACCACAAGAGCAGUGUCGGGGAGAUCUCGCAGGCGGAGGCUGAGGCCAUUAAGACCAAGAUCAUGGCGCAUCCCCAGUACACCGCUCUCCUCGUCGCCUACCUUGACUGCCAGAAAGUCGGUGCGCCGCCGGACGUGCUGGAGCGGCUGACGGCCAUGGCAGCGAAGCUUGACGCCCACACGCCGGGCCGGCUGCACGAGGCUCGUGACCCGGAGCUCGACCAGUUCAUGGAGGCGUACUGCAACAUGCUGGCCAAGUACAGGGAGGAACUGACGCGGCCAAUCGAGGAGGCCAUGGAGUUCCUCAAGCGAGUGGAGGCGCAGCUCGACUCCAUCACCGGCGGUGGCCAUGGCUCCGCGCCCCUCUCCCUUGCCGCUGGCAAAUAUGAAGGUGUUGGCUCUUCUGAGGACGACAUGGACGCUAGCGGGCGCGAAAAUGAGCCGCCAGAGAUAGACCCACGCGCCGAGGACAAGGACCUCAAGUACCAGCUUCUGAAGAAGUACAGUGGCUACCUGAGCAGCCUCCGGCAAGAGUUCUCCAAGAAGAAGAAGAAAGGGAAGCUCCCAAAGGAGGCCAGGCAGAAGCUACUUCACUGGUGGGAGCUGCACUACAAAUGGCCUUACCCCUCAGAGACAGAAAAGAUCGCGCUUGCGGAAUCGACGGGGCUAGACCAGAAACAGAUCAACAACUGGUUCAUUAACCAAAGGAAACGGCAUUGGAAACCGUCCGAGGACAUGCCGUUCGUCAUGAUGGAAGGAUUCCACCCACAGAAUGCCGCAGCCCUAUACAUGGACGGUCAGUUCAUGGCUGACGGCAUGUACCGCCUCGGUUCAUGAACCUACUUUGGACAAUUGAUCCGGCGAAAGGCGAUGGUGAAAUUGGAAAGAUAUCUUUAUUCAGCACUGGUUGCAAUGCAUUAUGGAAUUUUUGGGACCUUCCCGGAUUGACAGGAUUUGCUCUAGUUUCAGUGAUGGCAUAUAGUUGUCAAUUGUCAUGUCGAUUCGGUGGGUUGCAAUUUAGGUGUAUUUGGAUCUCCUAUUCGAUAUGAUUGCAUGUUUCAGAUUGGUGAAACAUGUUCAAAGUUGCCUAUCUGAAUUAGUUAUGUACAUUGGUUUUUCUUUUAAUAGUUUAUGUGGAUAUGGUCACGAUAACGUGUAUAUUAUAUGGAAAAUUUCACCAGCUUUAAAGUUGUA